AUGAUUUUCCAGGAUACCUCGAGUUCAUGCGGCCACGAGAGAAGACACUCUGAGAAGACACAUUGGCGAGUGGAGGGGGAAAGAUGUGCAAAUAUGUUCUGUAUGGGUCUAUUGUGCAGAACUGUCUCAGGUAAGAAUGAAUGCAAAUCUUACAUCAGACGAGCAGAAGACAAUAUGAAACAUCUGAUCAAACUGUAUGAGGCCCGUCAGAGAGAAAAGUAUCCACACAGUACAGACGAGGAGGACAAGGAUUAUGUGGUUUUAAGAUCAUUCGGCGAUGAUAGAGAUACAUCUAAAACUUUUCAUGCAGGGACAGAGUCUUCCAAGCAAGAUAAUAAAUUGUAUGGAUCACAUGUGCCAGAUGAAACCCAUAAGGACGGUGAAGAUACGAUUGUAAAUAAAAAUUGUGGUGUGGUAAAUGUAAAUGUUCAUAAACAUACAUACGACUGUCAAGGGAAGAUUUCUGGGAGGACACAGAAUAAAGAAUUCUACGAUAAACAUGUGAAAGAAAAGGGAAGAGUGCGUAGGGAAACUGAAGACUACUCGGAACACACAGGAGAGUAUGACAAAUAUAGCGAAGAGCAUUUUAAAACAAUGACUGAGAAAAAAGAGGGAAAAGAGUCCGGUAAAGAAAAUUAUCAAUUUGGUAAAAAUGAGCGUUGGGAAAAGGAACGACACCAAGGUGACUACAACAUAGGAUCCAACACAAACCCCAAGUCAGAAUACUACAAAGAUGAAUACUACAAUAAAGGGUCUGACCGCGAAACCCGUCACAAAAAGGGAUAUAGCCGUGAAGAAGACGACGAUGAAGAAUAUGGCCAUGGAAAAUACUACAAUAAAGAAUACGACCCUGAAGAGCAAAGCGAUUGGAGCUACCAUAAGGAAUACGACCGUGAAGAAAACGACGAUGAGAAAUACUACGAUGAGAAAUACGACAAUAAGAAAUACGACUAUGAGAAACACGAUCAUAAGAAAUACUACGAUGGUCAAUACGAUAAGGAUGACCAUGAUAAGCACAAAAAUAAGGGAGACGAGCGUGAUAAAUAUAAGGAAUACAAUCGUUAUUGGCACGAGAAGGAAUUGGUAGGUGACAAAAACCAUAAAAAUGAAUACACUCCUUAUAAACAACACAACGAAAGAAACGACCGUAAAGAAGAAUACAAUGAGAGAUACGACCUUGAGAAAGAUGACUAUGGGAAAUUUUACAGCAAAGAAGACACCGUUGAGCGAUACGACGGAGAAUAUGACGACGGUGCGAAAUACGGCCGCAAAGAAGGCAACGAUAAAAGAAACAAUUAUGGUGGUCAAUAUAUGAAACGUAAAGAUGAAAAUAAAUAUCUGAAGGAUUACCAUUGGACCAAUCCAGAUGACGAGGGCAACACAUAUCACAAAAACUAUAACCAAAAAAACUCAAACGAUCACAAAAAAGAGGAACACACGAAACAACAAGACAAAUAUAUGCAUGGUGAUAAAGGAAAACCUGACUUGGACCAUCAUAACGGGGGUAACCACAAAAUAUGGGAACCCAAAAAGGGGCAUGACUCGUACAAUCACAAGAAGGAGGAACCCCCUAAGAAACAAGACAAAUAUAAGCAUGGUGAUAAAAAGAAACCUGACUUAGACCAUCAUAACGGUGGUAACCACAAAAUAUGGGAACACAAAAAGGGGCAUGACUAG